UUGUCAAGUAAUCUGCCAAGAACUUGCCAAGAUCUGUCACUUCGCUGCCACAACUUUUCAGAUUUUAGAGUUUUAGUACAGGAAAAAUGGCGACUUUACUUCCUCGUUCUUUUAAUUUUGCCGAAACAGUUUUGCUCAAAAAUGGAUCCAAGUUAUUGGCAGCAUCUGCAAACAAAGUUCCAAGCAAACAACAAGUUCGAAACUUAAAUGUUCAUGAAUAUGUCAGCUAUACAUUACUCCGUGAUAAUGGUAUCCCUGUUCCCAAGUUUAAUAUUGCUAAGACAAAGGACGAGGCAGUCAAGUUUGCCACUGAACUUAAUACCAAAGAUAUUGUUUUAAAAGCUCAGGUUCUCGCUGGUGGCAGGGGUAGGGGUGCAUUCAAAAAUGGCCUUAAAGGCGGUGUCAGAAUGGUGGAUACACCUGAAAAGGCUGGAGAUAUAGUGGGCAAAAUGUUAAAACAGUACUUGGUAACAAAGCAAACUGGAGCCGCAGGCCGUAUUUGCAACAUGGUGAUGGUUACAGAGAGAAAGUUUCCCCGUAGAGAGUAUUAUGUUGCUGUAAUGAUGGAACGAAGUUUUAAUGGUCCAGUGAUUAUUGCUUCCUCGCAAGGUGGUGUGAACAUUGAAGAUGUUGCUGCGGAAAAUCCUGAUGCUAUAACAUAUGAGCCAAUAGAUAUUGUUCAAGGAAUAACUGAUGACCAAGUUUGCCGUGUUAUUGAAAAGAUUGGACUACAAGAACACUCUGCAGAUGCUGCCGAUAUGAUAAAGAAACUAUACGAACUGUUUCUUAAGAAAGACGCUCUUCUCAUUGAGGUCAAUCCCUAUGCGGAGGAUGCUAUUUCAGGAGAAUUCUUCUGCUUGGAUGCCAAAUUCCGGUUUGACGAUAACGCCGAGUUCAGACAAAAGGAUUUGUUCAAAUUGAGGGAUACGACUCAAGAGGACCCCAAGGAGAUUGAGGCCGCCAAAUUCGAUUUGAACUACAUUGCUCUUGAUGGUAACAUUGGUUGUAUGGUGAACGGUGCCGGUCUGGCGAUGGCCACGAUGGACAUCAUCAAACUGUAUGGAGGUGAUCCAGCCAACUUCCUUGAUGUUGGUGGUGGUGCUACUGCGCAGGCUGUGACGGAAGCGUUCAAAAUCAUCCUGUCUGACCCGAACGUGUCGGCCAUUUUGGUGAAUAUCUUUGGAGGUAUUAUGCGGUGUGACGUCAUCGCUGAGGGUAUCAUCAACGCGGCCAAGAACCUUGACAUUCAGAUUCCGGUGAUCGUUCGUCUACAGGGCACAAAGGUCACCGAAGCCCGUAAGUUGAUAGCGGAGUCCGGGCUACGUAUAGUCCCACGCGACGAUCUGGACGAAGCGGCCCAACUGGUUGUACAGCUAUCGGAGAUUGUGGCCUUAGCCAAGAAGGCCGGAGUAGAGGUCCGACUGCAAAUACCUAAAUAUAUGAUGUAGAUUUCGCGUAUUUAAACUUGGCUGUAUCCACAUUUAAAUGACUGUCCUGUGCUUAAUAUGUAUCGUAUGGAUCUGUAGCUCUACAAUGAGUACAAGUAUUUAAUAAAGAUGCACUGGCAUCGUUUUGCCUUAAGUAUAUCAUCUCAUCUACCAUAAUUUUUAAGCCUAAAGAUUCACGAGUUUUAAGGUCAUAGAGUCUUUUUAAAUUGUACAAUGUACAGCCUUCGUGCAUGCAAAAUGUACAGCCUUUACUGAGCCAAAAAUGUACAGACUUUGCCCAGCCAAAAAACUACAGCCUUUACUGAGCCAAAAAUGUACAGACUUUGCCCAGCCAAAAAACUACAGCCUUUACUGAGCCAAAAAUGUACAGACUUUGCCGAGCCAAAAAAGUACAGCUCUCGCUUCUACAAAAUGUACAGCCUCUCAAGUAAAGAACUCUCUGAAUUCGUACUAGGAUAACAGUAUUAUCUUUGAAAUUUUCUCAAAUACAUCGAAAAAAUCUUAUCUCUCAAAAAUAAAUUCAUUGAAACCAAAUUUGUGUUAGAAUACAGAGCUGAUAUUGAAUGCUUAAAAUGUAUAUUUUCUGUUUUUAUUAUAAAAUUCGUUAGUUUUUAUAGAGUUUAUUAAUGAAAUGUUAUAAAAAUCUUGAUACAGCCAAGUCAGAACAUCGUACUUUUGGUAUUUUGAAUCCAGUAGAAUUAAGAAUUAUUAGGCAAAUCUCUUGAACAUUUAAAUCGAAAAUUAAUUAAAAUAAAACUUAAGUCGUUUUCCAAAAUUUCUAUGCUGGUUGUCAUGGUAAAGAUAGACCUCAAUUGACAUCUAUGUUAUAUUUAUUAUCUGUUCCCAAAACGUACCCGCCAUCGAUCAAUGUCACUGUCAGACAAUUGUCAAUGUCAAGAAAUUUGCCGACUUUAAAAUCAUGCUUCGUCAGUGUACCCUUGAAACUCAGUAGUUUACAUGUUAUUUAUUUUUCAUUAAGUUUAGUCAGCCGUACUCAGAGUUGGUAAUUAAGUCAAACUUGAAGGAUUAACUUAUCGGUUACAACGCCGUCUUUAAGAAUCUAUAAAUUGACGACUCUGAGUAUGAAUUGUGUUGUUUUUUUGACAUUACGUGUAACAGCAAUAAGUAUUAUUAUUACAUGUUCCUUUGUAGAUAUCAUUAAUUUAAAGUACAAUAUGUUUAAGUGAUAUUUAUUUCUUGAAUGAUGUAAUCAUGUAAUUAAAGUAUAACUUGAA